CAAAACAAAAGCAACACCUGAGCGGGCGGCCAUAGAACGACCACGACGAAAAAAACAAAAUAAAGGGAAAAAAUAUUGAUUAACUUUUUCGGUUCGGUGGGUGAGAGAACCGUGUUGUGGCUAUUUAUAAUGAACGAAGUGGUGACCGGUGGCCGGGAGCAGGGAUAACCGAGGAGGUGGAAGCGGAGACCAUGCCAGAGACGAAGCAACAGCAACAACAGCAGCACCCAGCACUCACAACACUACAUCCUGAAUCCAAGACAGAACCAGAUCCAGAACACUUCCCCGACAAUAGACCGAAGAACUUCUCCUUCGCCAGCAGCUAUCCUUACGCACCAGGACGAGUCUCCUCCAACUCGAACUCUAUCGCGAACUCCAACUAUAACUCAAACUAUAACUAUAACAACACCUCCAGUUUCAACGUCCAGCGAUAUCAGAGUCCCUACAAUUUCCAGCACGUGGUGACCAACGCAUUUUCUGUACUGCGUCAUCAGCCCUCGGAGGAGCAGGAUCUUGAUUCUUAUCCAACGCGACCCCAACAGGCCAUCGUGCGUCCAAUAAGGCGGGAGGAAGGGAUUACAGAUCAACAGGAGCAACAUGUAGAGGAGCCUGCUGUUAAUCCUACACAGAGAUCCUUCUUCUCACGCAGCACUCAGGAGGUCCGCAGCUUUGCCGAUGAGCUGAGUCAGAAAUUGCGCUUCCUGGCGCCGGAGGAGCAGAACUACGGUGGUCGUCAGAGUGCCAAUUCCGGCGCCUGGAUGGAUCCAGCGAUGGCGCAACGACCUCGCUUCGAGACCACAGUGCCGCAGGGCAUCUUCCUGCCGCCGCCCCAUGAAGUCCAAAUGAUACCGGCCACCAUGCUAAGGAGACAUGUCUAUGCCUACUCCUCCUAUCCCAUGAUCCUGCAGGGCUACUACACCAAGGAGCCUUCAAGUGAGAACAAGGAGCAGAAGGUGACCGCCACUCGGCUGAACGGAGUGCGUGCCACGGCGGCAGUGGCAGCGGCCACAGCUGCGGCCUCCAAGUCCUCCCAUAACGAUUCGCAAUCCCUAGCCGGUGGUCUCCACAUCACCAAGGCUCAGUUCCAACAGCAAUUGCAGCAGCGUCGCUCCAACAACACCAACAACAACAACACCGACAAGAGACCCAUCGUACCGCCGCCGGAGCCCUACAAGAACGUCAUGUACGACCGUCGCGUCAUAAAGGGCAGCAACUUCGGCAACUCCUCAUUGGUGACGGAUGUGGAUCCCUUCGACAAGGCCGCCGAAUUGAGGCGUCGCAAUCAGUUGCGCAAACGGACGAUGCAGUGCCGCAAUCAGAGAAAUGUUCUGGGAACUCCGCCGCCGGUUAAGGGCCGCAAGCAUGAGACCAUACAGACGGAGAAGUAUCUAGAGAAGUUGGUGCAACGCCCACCGGAAUUCUCUAUUGACACACAAACGGAUCUGUUCCUGGAGAAACCACCAACGCCUCCAUUCAUACCGGCCAAGGUGGGCAUUGAUGUGGGCACUGAAAUCGGAGAGGGAGAACUCUUCCACUUCGAUGCCGAGGCUCAGCCAAUCAUUGAUGUGCUGGUGGACGCUUGCAUUGAACAGAGCAUGCUAGAGGUGGCCCACGAGAUGGAACUGGCCAGUCUGCGGCGCAAGCAGGAAGAAUUCCUCGCGCAGAGGGAGGCUGAACUUGCUGAACUGCGACGUCUGGAGGCGGAGGAGAUGCGGUUGCAGGCGGAGAAGGAGCGUCGCUUGCGCCAAGAUGCGAUUGCCAAGGAGCUGGAUGCUGAGAUGCAGAAGAGCGUGACGGCGGCCAAGUUGCUCCAAGGACACAUUGCCAGUCUGGUGCCAGAGGUCCUGGAGAACAUUGAGCCCGCCAGCGAUGCCGUAAAGAAGGAGCAGCUGAUGAAGAGCAUCUGUCCCUGGUUGUCCGCCGAGGUGGCCGAGGAAGUGGGUCACAUUGUGGACUCGCGUGAGAUCCUCACCGCCAUCAUUCAGGAGAUUAUCAAGCAGCGUGCCGAAUUAUAUGCCGGCUAUAGGGAACCUGAAUCGGAACCAUCUGGCCCAGAUGCUGGCAUUUGUGAGGAGGAGGGCUGCGCCAUCGAUGAAAUGGAGGCGUGUCCCUGCGAAACGGAAACGGAAGAGGAGUGCCCUGAACCUCGGCCACCGCCUCCCCAUCUCUAAAUGAUUUCGUUAGAGUUUAGUUAAUAUUUCGAGUCCUUAAAAAUGGCGUUUUCUGACCCCAUACACAUACAUACCACUCACACACACACCUGCGAAUGUACUGCUAUGAAAUCAAGGAUGGCUGCUACUUUGUUUUUGUGUCUGGCGAAGGACUCAAUUCGCGCUAAAAGAAUUCGCAAUCCGGCGCCAAACACAAUUGCACAGCGGCGGCGGCGAAAUGGAAUCGAAUGGCAAAUUGUAACUGGAUAAUUGUUAAAGGUUUUUGUGUUACCGAAAAUUCAACGAAUAAAGCUCGACAAAGUAAACUCAAUUAUGUAAA